AACAUCACCUGACCUGCGCGUGAGAGUAACCUGAUCGUCUGACAGCGGUCAGCAGCAUUCGUAGUCAACGUCAACGACCGACCAUUGUUGAUCCCAUCCUCUGCCCCCACAAUCCAACGGCCAGAAACAUGGGGGCUCAAGUCUCACCAUUGUUGAUACACACCAGGUCAAAUUAUAACCGUCCAUCGUACCCAUUAACCCCAUUUGCUCCAAUCCAACGGCCAAUUCAUCAACUACACUGUUCCUAAAAGCAGUUACCACCAAAACCCCCAAACAAGUUCCUCAAGAGAGAGAAAGUGUAGAGUUCUAUCAGAGGAGAGAGAGAGUUUGAGAAGAACGGCGAUGGAGAAGGAGCGAGAGCAGCAAGUUUACUUGGCCAGACUUGCCGAGCAAGCUGAGAGAUACGAUGAAAUGGUUGAAGCAAUGAAGAAAGUUGCUAAAUUGGAUGUGGAACUGACUGUCGAGGAGAGAAAUCUGGUGUCUGUUGGGUAUAAGAAUGUCAUUGGGGCACGAAGGGCAUCAUGGCGUAUAUUGUCUUCCAUUGAACAAAAGGAGGAGGGUAAGGGGCAUGAACAAAAUGUGAAGAGGAUAAAGGAUUACAGACAGAGGGUUGAAGAUGAAUUAACAACGAUAUGCAAUGACAUAUUGUCAGUCAUUGACUAUCACCUCCUGCCAUCUUCCUCAUCAGGAGAAUCAACUGUUUUUUACUAUAAGAUGAAAGGAGACUACUAUCGUUAUUUGGCCGAGUUCAAAUCGGGAAAUGAUCGUAAAGAGGCGGCAGAUCAGUCACUAAAGGCAUAUGAGGCUGCCAGUAGUACUGCUUCCUCAGACCUGCCUCCCACUCAUCCAAUCAGACUUGGCCUGGCUUUGAAUUUUUCAGUGUUUUACUAUGAGAUUUUGAACUCCCCCGAGAGGGCUUGCCACCUGGCGAAACAAGCAUUCGAUGAGGCUAUUGCUGAACUUGAUAGCCUGAAUGAAGAUUCCUACAAGGACAGCACUCUUAUCAUGCAGCUUCUCAGGGAUAAUCUCACAUUAUGGACCUCAGAUUUGCCAGAAGAGGGAGGUGAGCAAUCUAAAGCUGAUCAACCUCAGGUGGAGAACUAGUUGGAGCAGGAUAGAUAAUCUGAGACAGAGAGGGAGAAGUGCUGGCAUGGAAAGUUUCUUAUGUUACUAUAGUAUAGAUACAAGGAUUAGCUGACUAUUGGCUUGUAUUGUCUGUUACAGAGGGCUUCAAACACUAUAAUUUGUCUUUACUAUUUAAACAAAUUCAUAUGUCCUAUUGUGAUUA